UAAAAGUCAAGAAGCCGCUCAACAUUUCGAGCAGCAACCACACACAUCAUUCACCUUCCAAGUUCCAAGUCAUCUACGUACCUCACACACCCAAAGAGCUGUGAGUGCUAGCUAGUUUCGGACACACAGUAAUAUAUAGCCACCGGAAAAGCUGGCAAUGGACCGCGUGGCGAAGCUGGCGUCAGAGCGCGCGGUGGUGGUGUUCACGGCGAGCAACUGCAGCAUGGGCGACGUCGUGACGUCGCUCCUGAGCAGCCUUGGCGUGAGCGCGGCGGUGCACGAGCUGGACAGCGACCCCCGGGGCCAGGAGAUGGAGCGCGAGCUUGCCAGGAGGCUCGGCGGCGGCAGCGCUGCUGAGCGCGGAACCACAGCUCUGCCAGCGGUGUUCGUGGGCGGCAGCCUCGUCGGCGGGACCAACAGGGUCAUGGCGCUGCACCUUGCCGGCGAGCUCGUGCCCAUGCUCAAGAGCGCCGGCGCGCUCUGGCUGUAGGAAUAGGAUCAACGUGGAUAAGGCCGUGGCAAGAAACCAAGAGAUGCUGACGGCUGACCGUUGUACAGUACAGAGGAGUGUGUGUGUGUGUGUGCUUGCGUGAACAGCAGGGGUUUUUUGUAUGCCCAACGCUGAGAAUAACAAACGUAAAAUGUGCAAUGUUUUUCAAGUGCUACGGAUGGCGAUCUGACACGACAUUAUAUGUGGCGUUCAGAAAACAAUGUCCAAAACACAUCAGUGCG